GCACGUCUAGUGGUUAAUAAUUUUGUGUUUCGGUUCGAUGUUAUUAAGUCUUUUUUAUUAUUUUUUUGGUGUCUUUGUCUACCGUUUAGUGUAAAUGUACAACAAUAAAACCGACGAAAAGAAAACGAAUAUAUUCCAAGGAUAUAUGGCUAUGGAAAUAAUGUUCGUUCCAUAAAUCAGAAAUUCGUUGCAAAUGAAAAACAAAAAAAAAUAUGAAUAAUUGGAAGUGCUUAUAACUGUGUUGAGGGAAUAAAACAAAACAUACAGUGGCGAGUAAAGAAAAGAACGCGAAAUGAAAUGAUAUGUGAUCAAUGGUGAUAAAAUCCAUAAUAAAAAUUAAUCAAAAGUUUAAAUCCAAAUGGAAUUCGAAUAAAAAUAAAAUGGAAAAUGUGUACAACGAAACCGAUAUAAAGUGAAGACAUUUUUGUUGGCAAUUCAAUAGCAAACAACUGUGGCGUUUUGUGAUAAGAAUAAAUCAACUGCGCAAUGAAAUUAUCCUAUUCGGAACGUAUUAAAGUGUUACCGGGCAAAAAUGUAAUGAGACAUGACCGAACAUUGAUGAAAACACUUCCAACCAAAUGCUGUCCCUGGUUCUUGGUGCCACAACGAUAGCCAUGAACCGAGGGGAGCAGGAGUCUCUAUUCCGGCAGUCACACAAUAUUCGACUGCAACAAGACGCAAAAGCACAUAACGACAAAAUACGACAUUAUUCAUACGGAAACAUUCAUCAAGUAUCCAAUCUACAUUCACAAGCAGCAAACUCUCGAUCAUUCGGUGAGGAUCGUCCAUUCGGAGCAUCACACUGUGAUGAUUUGGUUCUAUCAGUGCUCAAGACACCGUUGAAAGAUACAUCGCCUUCCACACCCGUCAGUCCAUCCUGUGCAUACACAGCACUAAAUGGUUCCGAAGAUGAAUUGGUAGAUGAUGUGGAAUCAGCAAAGGAAACCACAGAAUUGGACUGUGAGCGAUCCUCACCAUCACACAGGCCAUUUCAGUUUUUACGAAGGCUUCGUGCUGGCAAAACGCCACGCUUCGAAGCACAUCAUCGACGAGUUCCAACGCCUAUACGCCGAAAGAGCAGAGCAAGAUCAAAGUCGCAAGCUGAUAUAUUAGAUGGAGUUACAACCGAUAUCGAUGAAAUGCGCGGUGACACAGAACAGAAAAAGGAUGAAGAAUUGACAAACGAACCAAUAGUGGUUGGAACAGGUGUACCGGAUCCCUAUUACCCCAUCGCUUUGCCUAUCGAUCAGGCUUUCAAAGCGAAAUAUGUUUUCCAUCAUCGCAGAGGGAAAACGUUCCAGGAACGAAUGUACGUUUUCUUAGAACAUCCUGGAGGAUGGUUGUGCUUCAUUUAUCAUUUCACUGUAUUCAUGCUGGUACUGGUCUGUUUAAUAUUCAGCGUCCUUUCAACAAUCGAUCAAUACAGUGAUUUCGCAAACGAAACAUUGUUCUGGAUGGAAAUAUGUCUGGUUGUAUUCUUCGGUGUGGAAUAUAUAAUUAGACUCUGGUCGGCUGGCUGUCGGUCAAAGUACAUGGGAUUUUGCGGUCGUUUGAGAUUCAUACGGAAACCAAUAUGUAUUAUAGAUUUAAUUGUCGUCGUAGCCUCUAUGGUGGUUUUGUCAGUCGGCAGCAAUGGACAAGUCUUUGCCACAAGCGCCAUUCGAGGUAUAAGAUUUUUACAAAUUUUACGAAUGCUUCAUGUUGAUCGCCAAGGUGGCACGUGGAGACUAUUAGGAUCAGUAGUUUUUAUUCAUCGACAAGAACUGAUUACCACUUUGUACAUUGGAUUUUUGGGUUUAAUAUUUAGUUCUUAUUUUGUAUACUUGGCUGAAAAAGACGUCGUCGGUCCCAAAGGCACUAAAGAUUUUGCUAGCUACGCCGAUGCGUUGUGGUGGGGUGUUAUUACCGUUACAACAAUCGGAUACGGUGAUACUGUUCCGCAAACUUGGAUGGGAAAAAUUGUUGCAUCCUGUUUCAGUGUAUUCGCCAUAUCAUUUUUUGCACUGCCAGCAGGUAUACUUGGGUCUGGAUUCGCCCUGAAAGUCCAACAGAAACAACGACAAAAACAUUUUAAUCGACAAAUUCCAGCAGCAGCAAUGUUAAUACAGUGUUUGUGGCGAUGUUACGCUGCUGAUAAGUGCUUCCACAGCGAGGCUACAUGGCAGAUCUAUGUAAAGAAUGAAAAUUAUAACCAAAAUUCUAGUUCGUUAGCGAGUUCUGUACUGCCAAGUAACCUAGGAAAGACACUAAUGGUGCAGGUCGCCAAGCGCGGUGCUUCAGUGCUAAAGCGACGAAAGUCCAGAAAUCGAAUGGAAACGUCACCAAGUUUAUUGGCGUCAAAUAAUGCAAGCACAUCCAACAAUGAUGGUCCUCCUCGGAGUGAAUCCGAUGGUGACGUUGUAUUUUAUACAGAAGAACCGAGAUCGGGAACACCAAACCGAGUACGUAGAGGAGAAUCAUCAUCCGGACGAACGCCAUUUAUUAGCCAAAACAGUUCUGUCACAGAAGCACCAAGCGAUGAAAUCGAACAGGAACAAGAAGUAGAUGAAGACGCCGAGCCAGCCAGAGUCACAACACUUACAGACGCACACCGAAAUGCCAUACGAGCCAUUCGAAAAAUUAAGUAUUUUGUUGCAAGACGAAAAUUUCAACAAGCACGAAAACCUUACGAUGUAAGAGACGUUAUAGAACAAUAUUCACAGGGACACUUAAAUAUGAUGGUUCGGAUAAAGGAACUGCAACGACGACUCGACCAAACACUUGGAAAGCCUGGUAGCUAUUUAACGGGUAUUGAUCGGGUAGGAAAUGCAAAGCCCAUGACUGUAGGCGCACGCUUAUAUCGAGUCGAACAACACUUAUCGACCUUAGAUAAGAAAAUAGACCAAGUGAUGCACUCGCUAAAUUCACUGGUUCAUCAACGAUCAAUGAUCAGUACAUCAUCGUCCAUACAACCAUUGACAUUACCAGCGGCACCAUCACAAAAUCCAUCCCCAACACCAAUGAGAUUUUUAGAAGACGAUGUUUAGUAAGAAAAUGUUUUCCGCAAAUUAUAUGUCGCUCAACGGGCGUCUGCGUUAGCGGUAAUUUUUUUUGUAGAAAUUGUAUAGCCGACCCGGUUGACCAUUUUGGUAUAAAAGAGUAAAAUAUGGAAAUGUUUACAGAAUUUAACGAUCAAUGGGGUAGAGGUGAAACUGCUUACUGUUCCUACAAAACAUCUUUCAAAUUUGAUGAAAGAUAUUUUACAGUCCAAUGUUCGUACAGGGUUCCAAUACUCUGUGUCAGAGUACUUAAAAUGGUUUGAUCUUUUUUGAUCUUAAAAUUCGCCGAACAUUUCAAAUUUGAAAAGUUUCUGGAAAUUUUAAUAAUCGAAUACACAAACCGAUUCACAUUAACCUGUCACAGACGGCAAGCAUAUUAAACUAUCUGAUCU